AUGGAGGCGGGUGAAAGACGUCGUUCCGAGGCCGACGUCACCGGCAGGACCGGCACAGACUAUUCGGCUCGUCCAAGCCUCGAUCUUACCGCCGACCCCAUGUACGAGUCCAACUUGGCCCUCCGAAAGCUCUCCGAGGCUUUUGGUCAGUUUACAGUCCAAUUCCGACUCUGAUACUGAUUUUUUGAAUGCCAAGGGCCCCAGUGUGGUUUAUGACGCAAAGCGGCGUGUUUCCGUUUGAAAUAAUCUUAGACUUUUCUUGGCGGAUCCAAAUUAUAAUAGUCUUCGGAAAUUUGCCAUUUUCUGCGAUUCAGAUCGUCAUGCUUCCAAAAUACGCGUGUUUCACAAAAAUAGAUUUAAAUAUGGCUUAGUUCAAAAAUAUCAAAGCACAAAUUUGAAAGUCAAAAUAAACUUCUCGAUUGCUUCCAGUGAUUUUCUCUUCAUGCCAGUUUUACUCAGAAAUCUCGAAAAGAACGGUAAAAAAAAAAUCAAUAUCUCUUGUGCAUGGAAAAUAUUGCUUGCUAUAUUCUUUUUGUAAGUUUCAAAGACCUGAAAACAAAAUAAACUUCCCUUUGAAAAUAUUUCAUUGCCAAUAAAAAAGUCUACAUUGCGUCUUUUUAUCGUUCAUCAUUUCCGAUGCUUAUGGUUUUUGGAAAGUAAAUUUUCAUUUUUUUUUUUAUCAAAUUUUUCUCUCAGAAACAGUAUUUUUUCGAUAUUUACUUGCAUGUACUUUUCUCAAAACGACUCCUACGGACAUGUUAAGCCAGAAAACUUCGUUUGGGCUUAUUACUUUUUCCAUGACUUUUUAUAGUCUGGUCCAACCUACAUUUUCUAUUACCCUUCCAGCAAUUUUUAGACUCAGACAGCCUACUCAACAAUAAAAAACUUAAUUACUUUGCACUUAACUAUAAAAUAAAAGUUGAACUCGAGGGUAUUCGAAAAAAAUAUCUUUGAAUUGAACGGCUGUGACGUAAGCGUUAUGCAAUUCCAUAAACCAUUAAACUGUCGUUAUCCAUGUUUAUCAGUAAAAAACCUUCACAUCGACCAGAUGGGGCUUCGACGCUUUCCCUACUUCCUACGUGACAAAAUAAGUAAAUACAGUUUUUUCGCCUGACUUUAUUUCGGAUUUUCUAACCACAGUUUUAAUUGAAUUCAAUAAGGAUCUUGUCUCUUCAUCCUGAUAUUGAUCAUUUCCUGUUUUUCUUCAAAUAUCCAAUCUUCAACCUCCUCGGUCAGCUAAUGAAAAAAGUUGUAAGGAAUAUGGUGCUUUUACAGAGUCAUAAUUUCAUUUUUUUCAUUAUAUUUUUCUUCUUGUUGAAGGUUUUUUGUCAAUAUUAGAGCCGAGAAAAAAGAACGCAAAGUCGCUUUUAUUGUCCAACGUGCAAAAGUUGAGACUGGAAGAGAAGACCAAAGUUCGAAAGAAACAAAGCCGAAGGAAAAACGAAAAAUGACCAAAGCCAACCUGGAAAUAAUUAUUUUCCACUGCGCAGGUCAAUCGGUCUUUGCGGUCAUAUUGUACCUAAAAGUCUCACGCGACCUUUAAAUCGCCAUCUAAGUAAUUGACUUUCAAGGGCCGGUUCAACAAGCGACACAACAAGAAACUGGCAGCAAACAUCGCACACUUUUGAAAAAGAUGGUUAUGUGUAAGGUCCACAAGAUCGAAAGCACGGUUCUUGUGCCUACAUCAUCUUUUCUUGGGACAUAUUGUACCUAUUUCGUUCCAAAAGAACAAAUCUUAUCCUGAAUUUUUCAACGAAACCAAACUGGUUGGCGUUAUUUUUCUUCUCAUUUUAACUGUCUUUCUAAUCACUGCCAUGGGUGAACAGUGCGGAACACUGGGUACGCCUAGAAUGACUUUUCCGGCAAUUUGACCUGCUGGUGUCGCACUUCCUUGAUAUCUUAUGAGCUCCAAGCCGCACUGGCUUCAGUCCAAAUACCGUCCUACUUGUCAUGAAGGACAGCUACGUAAACCAGUUUUAAAUUGGCAUUUGGUCGUUACAGCUAUAUGGAAGAAGUUUCUUCGAGAAGGUUUGUGAAGCUCGCAUAAUUUCUGGUUUUUGGAAAAGGGGAGAAUUAAAUGCGAUUCUGGCAGAUGGAUCUCAACGAAAAAUCUCCUUUUGAAAGUUAUAAGCUUGAAAAAGGGAGUAACUUUGCGGCGCGCCGUAGCGUAACAAGUUGGGUGCCUGUUUACGGUUUACAGGGUCAUAGGUUCGAACCUCGCCGCGACCCAACAGGGGUUUGAGAAAUGUGGGCAGAGGGAAACCGCUGCUUCACAGUCUCCAGCCGUACACAAAGACGGAUAUUUCACUAGAGCCAGUUCACUGAAAUCAGGAUAGGACCUUGUUUCAUCCAUUCGCGGCGCCGACGCCCCUCAACUUGUACGAAGGCGUAGGAAGAAGAAGAAGAUUACAAGUAUAACCUCAUUUUUCAAUGUUUCCAAUAUAUAUGAGCAAUCGCUUCCUCUAAUUCAUGUCAAAUAUCCUUUCAAAAUCGAUCAUCAGAUAAGUCUUGAUGGAUAAAAUCUUGUAAACAACGCAGAAUCUUCUGCAUUCAACGAAAAAAAAAAUUCAAAGGAUGAACUUGUAAAAACAAAUUUUUUUUCAUAGGUCAAACCAAGUUUAAGGUUUUUUUAAUGAAAAUUUCCAAACAAACUCAAAAUAAUCGUUUUUGUGAGUGACUCAGCUCUGAAAACUUGAGUUUAGAAGCACCAGGAAUUAUUUUUUUGCCAAUUCUCAAAUUUUUUUAUAUUCCGAUUGUUGAAAACAAAUAAAUGAAAGUUCUCACUUUCAACUUCCAUGUUUCGUAUUUUCUUUCUCCCACUCCUCUUCCCGGUAGCGCAAAAAAGUAGGCCAUUCUUUAGAAUCCUGGAAAAAUAUCCUCAACAUGGAAAUUUCUUUUCCUUUCAAGUUUUGAGAUUGAAAUAGUUGAAAAAGAUUGCGGCGCCGCUGAAAUGGGAAAGCGUGCGACGCUUGAGACGACGUAGGAGGGUCGUCCAAAAGGUAUUUGCGCGCAGUCCUUGCUUUGGACAAACGUCUUCUUUUCACCAUUCUUCCUAUUUUGGAGAAGAGCUCUCGAGCUGGAAUUAUUGCACAAGUUCCUGGGCAAGCGUGCCUUGGCGGCCAUGUGAGCGAAGCCUAUGUCUGUCCGCUCGGGAGCUUCGUUUGUAGUCCACAAAAUUCGUCGAUCUAUUAGUCAGUUGGUUUUUUGAGACUGUCAAGUUAUUUUUCUGUUUUCGUGUCUGGUGGAAUCAGAAAAACUUUGAAUUUUCUCAAAUCAAAGCUCUGAUGGAUGAUAUUAGGUGUACUUUUCGGGUUUCUGUUUUGGCUGUACAUAUAGUACGGUAGAAAGUAUUUGUCCCAAAGUUCCAAAUGAUCUUCGGAAUCUCCUAUGAUGAUAAAGAAAUUAGUUUUUCUUAUCAUAAAGACUGAAUAAGAGGAACUAUUAAAUUCUCAUAAACCCAGCCGAUUUUCGUUUCAAAAAAACGGCGGAAGUGCUUCUCGAAAAAGGAAAAGCACAUAGAGCAACUUGCGAAGAAUGCUCCUGCAGGAGAGUUUUUGGUGGCGCAAUUGGUCAACCUGCGGGGGACUCUCCUCAAGUAAUUGUUGAGGGGCGGCUAUAAUCAACAUUUUUGGGUUCAAAAAAGUCAUUCUGGCCUCAGCUUCAUGGAUGCUUGUUUCUGGUGCACCAGUAUGUUUGUCUUCGUUUCAGCCCAGCGCAUCGAAGGUAAAGCAUUCGUACGUCGAGGCGCCCUUCGGCAGAAAAAUGUCCACGAGAUCAAGUUGGUUUUUUUUCUUUUCGUGAAAAAUCCCUACAACUUUUUUGAGAAAUGCAUGAUUUUUUCCAAAUAUAGCUUUUUUUUGAAAUUUCCUUGCUGAAAGUCUUUUUUUCCAGACAGCACAAAUUCAUUGCACGAUUCUUCAAACAACCUACAUUCUGUUCACAUUGUAAAGAUUUUCUUUGGGGCCUGACAAAACAAGGAUUUCAAUGCCAAGGUGAGUCUAUUCAUUGCAAAAUCGUGUCUUUUCUCACGUAGAUUCCAUAUAUGAAUGUUCCUCUUUUUUUUUCUGAGUCAUUGAAAUUUUCAGUUUGCACGUUGGUGGUUCACAAACGCUGUCACGAGUUUGUCAAUUUCGCUUGUCCUGGAGCUGACAAAGGAGUGGACACCGACGUAAGUCGUUUCAAGUCGGCUGCAACUUUCUAAAUGUGACAGGAUCCGCGGCAGCAGCACAAAUGGAAAGUCCAAACUUAUUCAUCGCCAACUUUCUGCGAUCACUGCGGAUCUCUACUUUACGGCCUGAUACAUCAGGUCAGCUUUGUUCUUGUGAAAAAAAAACACACAAUGCUGAAUCCAAAAAUUCCCUCACAUGAUGAUUUUUUGUAUAUUUAAAACAAAUUGCUUUUGUAGGCAUUCUGUUAUCAUUAUUAUUUUCCUAAUUAAAACCCGGUUUUUCUUAUUAAAAACCAUCUAGCUUCAUUUUUUGCAAUGAAUACGUCUGGCAAGAGAAGCCAAUUGUAUUAUUGCAUAUAAGGUUUUCAGGGAAUGAAGUGUCAAUCUUGUGAUACGAAUGUGCACAAUCGUUGUGUGAGGAACGUUCCGAACAUGUGUGGAACCGACAACACCGAAAAAAGAGGAAGAAUCCGACUAGACGUCAGUAUCACCAACGAUGUACUCACGAUAAAAGGUACCUUCUGUUUCUCGAGAACGUCAGAAUGAUCCCUGAAUAACUUUCAGUACACGAAGCCAGGAACUUGAUUCCUAUGGACCCUAACGGACUAUCAGAUCCAUACGUCAAGUGCAAGUUGAUUCCCGAAGACUCCCACACAAAAUCCAAACAAAAAACGAAGACUUUGCGAGCAACCCUAAAUCCAGAGUGGAAUGAAACUUUCAACUAGUAAGUUGAAAUCAUGAUGACUUUUUUUGAGAAGGUUUCAUUUUUCAUACCAAACUUUACCGGAAGUUUUAUCUAGAUACUCGCAAUGUAAAUAUUCUCAAAAUCCUAGCUUUCAAGUGAGGAAAUUUGAAAGUUACUGAAGAUUGCAGGUCGUCCGAAAAAUUCAAAUCAAUUUGAGAUCUCUUUUUCUUCUGUAAUUGGAAAUCAAAUAAAGUUUCGCCCAGUCAGUUGAAGAUUUUUUGGCCAAAUAUCAAAAAGUGUUUGAGUGUUAUGAGAAAAGUUAUGAAAACCACUAGUCAAAUAUGUCUGCGAAAAAAUAAAUUGACAUCUACGUAAUAAAAUAGUUCUUUUCAGUAAACUACAACCCGGAGACAAAGAUCGACGUUUAUCCGUAGAAGUUUGGGAUUGGGAUCGCACUUCACGGAACGAUUUUAUGGGCAGUCUUUCAUUCGGAAUCUCUGAGCUAAUGAAGGAAUCUGCUUCUGGAUGGUUCAAGCUUCUUAACGCGGUGAGACCAUUCAAUCACAAUUUAUUGUCAGACCAAAAUUAGCUUUUUUCUCAUUACGAAUUAUGCAGGAAGAAGGCGAGUUCUACAACAUAAAUAUCCCACCAGAAUACGAAGAGGAAAUGGAGAAAAUGCGAAAGAAAAUGAGCGACCCAAAUGUAAUCCGUGAUUGGUUUUUCUGAAAUGAUUCCGUUUUUUCAGAUUUUGCGCAAUUCAAGAUCUAUUCAAAGCGGGGAUCUUAGUCAUAAAAUUAAUUCAAUGAAUUUGGCAAAUCAACGAGACGUUAUCAAGGCUUCAGACUUCAAUUUUCUCACUGUCCUCGGGAAAGGAUCUUUUGGAAAAGUGAGUGGAAAAAGCAGAUUAGAGGCCAAAGAAAGUUGCUAGGUGUUACUCGGUGAGCACAAAACGACAAAAGAACUGUUUGCGAUCAAAGUUCUCAAGAAGGACGUCAUUAUUCAAGAUGACGACGUCGAGUGCACCAUGACUGAAAAAAGAGUUUUGGCUUUGCCUGAGAAGCCUUCGUUCCUAGUCGCUCUUCAUUCUUGUUUUCAAACUAUGGUGAGUUGGUCGAAAACGAUAAAAUAGUUCUAAGCCUAAAAAUUGUAGGAUCGGCUGUACUUUGUCAUGGAAUUUGUGAACGGGGGAGAUUUAAUGUACCAAAUUCAACAAGUCGGCAAAUUCAAAGAACCUGUGGCCGUGUACGUUUUUCCUUAUUUUUCCAAAGUUUCCUUCAUUCUCAGAAUGGAAUUCUUUUCAGUUUCUAUGCAGCUGAAAUUGCCGUUGGUUUGUUUUUCCUUCAUUCGAAGGGGAUCAUCUACCGUGACUUGAAAUUAGACAACGUCAUGUUGGAAAGAGAUGGGCAUAUCAAGGUAAAAUAAUCCUACUAAAAAAAAAAGUUGAAAAACAUCAUUUUAGAUAACCGAUUUUGGAAUGUGCAAAGAGAACAUCUUUGGCGACGCUACCACCAAGACUUUUUGUGGGACGCCAGAUUACAUUGCACCAGAGGUAAAAUGAGCAGAAAAGAAAAAAUAAAAAAGUAAUCCGAAUUUCGUCAAAAAAAAGAGUUCAGAUCAUUUUAUACCAACCAUAUGGAAAAUCAGUUGAUUGGUGGGCUUUCGGGGUUCUUCUUUUUGAAAUGUUGGCCGGCCAGCCUCCAUUCGACGGUGAAGACGAAGACGAACUAUUCACAGGUAUACAACUACGGUUUUUUCAGAAACUGAAAAAUUGUAUUGUAGCAAUCACUGAGCACAACGUGUCUUAUCCAAAAAGUAUGUCAAAAGAAGCUGUUUCCAUUUGCAAAGCCCUGCUGCUGAAAAAUCCCGUGAAACGGUUGGGUUGUUCUCCAAACGAGGCAGAUUCGCAGAGAGAUAUAAAAGUAAACUGGAGGAAAAAAAAACAGAAAAAAAUGGAACUUCAACAGGAGCACCCCUUCUUCCGGCGUAUAGAUUGGUUCAAAAUUGAAACUCUUCAAGUUCAACCUCCCUUCAAGCCAAAACUGGUCAGUUAAAUUUCGAAACUAUUGAGCAUUUGAUGCGCUUGAAUCUGUACAAAGUGACGCAAGUUUUCAGUUAAAAGAUAAUUAAUAAAAAAAGAAGUAUGGUUCAAUUUCAUAAUUUUGAAACACAAGUUUUCGUUUCAGUUGAAUGGUAAACAACUUAGAUGCAACUUGCAUUAUUGAAGUAAGCACGACGUGAAAAAGCAUGAGGAACGAUCUCCGGAAUGGCUCUUUCUGGAUCCGCCAUUCAGUUCAAUUUUGUUUUAGAGCUACAUUAUUGAGAAUGAAAGUCGUUGAAUGCACUUGCAUGUACUUUUCGAUGUGAAAAUGGGACAGCCCAACUGUAAGUUGCAGAAGACGCCGAAAUCGACAGAGAACUUCGACAGCAACUUUUUGAAGCUGCCAACGAAAAUGACGCCUCCAGACUGGGAAGUGCUCGAGAACAUUCGAGGAGACGAAUUCGCUAAUUUUUCUUUCGUCAAUCCAUUUUUCGUUCCAGAUGUCGACGUCAACGAUCUUUAGGUGUUCAUUUUGUGUGUUUCUGUUGUCAUUCUAGUUUUUAUUUGCACCUCAAGUAUUUUAUUAGGUUCAACACCCUGAUGUUUCUUUCGAACCUCCCUGAAAGUUUUUUUUUAGCUGUGUUCUCUGUCCUUUAGGCUAGGCAAAGGAAAUUAUGAAAGUUGUAGAUUUUUUUUUCCGGAUUUUCUUGCUCUGAUUCGAAUUCUUUUGAUAGGAGAUUGAGAAAAACUUUGAGGUUUUAUCGGAGCAAAAAGUUUAUUUCAUCGACUCAAGUUGGAAAAGAGUCUAGAUUUUUUGGACCGGCAAUACAUAAAAUUCAAGCAAAAAAUUUCAAGAUGCUUUUUUUUGAAACAAAAAUUUUCAUCGAUAACUUUUCAUCCACUUGGAGCAUGGACACUUUCAGAAGUUCACACUUCAAAAAUUAAAAAUGAUUUUGUGUCUGUUCGUUUGUAGCACUUUAGGCACUUAUACAUUAUAUCCCAGCUCGGUCAUGACUUAUUGGAAAACACUUCUCCAAGUCUUUGGCACAUUGCUAGUCAAGUAAGCGUGGUUUUUAUUCAUUAGUAGGAUUUCUAGAUUUGUGUUGUAUUAUUUUAGUAAAACGUGUUUUUCCGUCGAGGAAUAUGUUCUGAAGAAAUCAUAUCUUUUUAAAAAAAUCUGCAAAAUUUCAUUUCCCUUCUAUCAUUUCUCACUAGAUCGCUGUAGACAGUAUGUUGCUUAUUAUUCCACUACCAAAGAGCUUGUCAUUCGAAAAACCUUGACUAUGUAUGUAACCUCUUCUCUAACUGCAUGAUGUCAAAUUCCCUCCCCCAAACCACUUAUCUUUCUCCCCGUAACCCUUUUAUUAUUUUAUCAUUAACAGCACUUAAUUAAGUAAAUAAUAAACUAUUCAAAACUAACCGUAUUGAAAAAAACGGCACGGAGUAGAUUAAGAAGUUUUUGAUUUACAGAAAUCGGCAGACGAUGUCUCCAACUUUGACGCCGAGUUCACUCACGAAGUUCCAAGGUUGACCCCGAUCGACCGACUUUUCCUCAUGAACCUUGAUCAAACGGAGUUUGAAGGAUUCUCUUUUGUCAACCCGGAAUACGUGCAAGAAAUCUGA